AUGUCGUCAACAACGAAAUCCAAAUCGAAGGCCCCGGUGCUUUCUGACCAGGAAAUUCAGCAAAAUUACAUUCGAAUGCAGAAUGAGCUGCAAGGCCUGGCAGGAAAAAUUGGAGAGCUAGAACAGGAAACAGAUGAACACGAGCUCGUUCUCACCACACUUGAUGAGGCACUUGUGCACGAACCAGAUCGCAAAUGUUUUCGCCUCAUCGGUGGGGUUCUCGUUGAGCGUACAGUGAAGGAUGUCGUCCCUGCCCUUCAGACGAAUCGUGAUGGGAUUCGGAAAGUCGUCGCUAGUUUAACGGAGCAAUACAAGACGAAAGAAAAAGAUCUGGAUACCUUCAAAAACGAAUACAAUAUUCGACCUGUUUAA